AACACCUCGGCCAAUCACGCCUUCCUCUCUAUUCAACACAAUAAUCAAAAGAUUUUCUUCUCACAAGUUGAAAAUGAAACAUAUAACGCUUGUGACCCUUAACCUAGUAAUACUGAUGUUCAUGUUUCAAGCUGUCAUCACAUGCGAUGCACGUGCCAUGGGGUAUGCACAAAAGCUUAGGGUUCUUGCAACCAAGUAUAACGUUACAUCCAUUCUGGUGUUUGGAGAUUCCAGUGUUGAUCCUGGUAACAACAAUGAUCUUCCAGACACAUGGCAUAAAGGCAACUUUUUGCCUUACGGGAAAGAUUUCGUUCAUUCGUUUCCAACAGGAAGGUUCACCAACGGCAGGCUCCCCACUGAUUUCAUUGCUGCUGCUUUAGGUUACAGAAAAGAAAUCAAAGCCUAUCUGGAUCGGUACCUAAAAGAAGAAGACCUGGUGCAUGGUGUUAGUUUUGCGUCAGGUGGAUCUGGUUAUGAUGAUUUCACUGCAAAUAUAACUAAUGUUAUAUCCCUUAACAAGCAACUGGAGUACUUUAAAGAGUACAAGAUUCGUAUGGAAAGGCUAGUUGGAAAAGAAGAUGCUCAUAGGAUUGUGGAGAAUGCAGUGUUCAUCUUGAGCAUGGGUACAAAUGACUUUUUACAAAAUUACUACUUUCUUCCUACUCGAUCCCACAUGUUUACCAUUGCCCAAUACCAACGUUAUCUGAUAAGGUGCAUGGACAUUUAUGUUAAGAAAAUGCAUUCACUGGGAGUGAGAAGAUUGGCAGUUGUUGGGAUGGAGCCAUUCGGGUGCAUGCCUUUGAUAAGGACGUUAAAGAAUAGUGAUAAAUGCGAUGAAGAAAUGAACCAAGUGGCCCUCUCUUUCAACCUUUUGUUGAAAGCGAAGGUGUCUGCACUGGAGGCAACAUUAGGGAUGAGAACUGGCUUUGUCGACAUUUAUGGUGUCAUUCAGAAUAUCUUACGGUACCCAUCAAGAUAUGGUUUUACCGAAACCAAAAAGGGCUGUUGUGGAUCAGGAUUAACAGAAUUCGGGACGUCUUUAAAAGGGCUAAGUAUGUGUGCAAAUCACUCAAAAUACAUCUAUUGGGAUGCUGUUCAUUUCACAGAAAGCAUGUAUUAUAUCAUUGCAGACAAGGCUGUGAAAUCUAUAAUCACAAGCCUUACUUAGCACCUCAAUAUUAGGGGUGUUUUCUAUGGCUUUAGUUAUAAUGUUGUCCUCAUUUACUCGAUUUCAUUCAUUUGUCAUUUCAUUGUGUGGAAGAAUUCUUAUGAUUACAAGUGUGAAAUUAUGUUCAGUUAUAUUUAAUUAUCAGAUGUAUGAUUGCUAGCAUUUUUUAUGAUGAAAUAAAAUUAUUUCUGUGUGA